AUGGCCACUGUAGUCCCAGUCAGACCGCUCUGCGAUAGCAAUCCUGCAACACCGGGAGAGCAAUCUAUAAAGGAGGAUGUAAUAGAGGAGGUGUCCAAUGAUGGCAGCCAGCCUCCGAAGAGGAGGAGAAUGGGUUCUGGAGACAGCUCUCGAAGCUGUGACACUUCCAGCCAGGAGCCUGGUCUCACAUAUUUUCCAGCGGAGAACCUGACAGAGUACAAGUGGCCAGCUGAUGAUACAGGAGAGUACUAUAUGUUACAGGAACAGGUCAGCGAGUACCUGGGAGUCACCUCCUUUAAGAGGAAAUACCCUGACUUGGAGAGGAGAGACCUGUCACACAAAGAGAAGCUCUACCUGCGAGAACAGAACGUCAUCACUGAGACGCAAUGCACUCUGGGUCUGACAGCCCUGCGGAGUGAUGAGGUGAUAGACUUAAUGAUAAAGGAGUAUCCCACAAAACAUUCCGAGUACUCGGUUAUACUGCAGGAGAGAGAGAGACAGAGGAUAGCUAAAGAAUAUUCUCAAAUGCAGCAACAGAACCCUCAGAAGGUGGAGGCCAGUAAGGUUCCAGAGUACAUUAAGAAGGCAGCCAAGAAGGCUGCAGAGUUCAACAGCAACUUCAACAGGGAGCGCAUGGAAGAGAGGAGAGCUUACUUUGAUCUUCAGACGCACAUCAUCCAGGUGCCCCAGGGUCGUUUCAAGGUACUUGCUCCGGAGCUGACCAAAACUGGACCGUACCCAGUUGCCCUCAUACCAGGACAAUUCCAGGACUACUACAAGAGGUACUCUCCCAAUGAGCUUCGCUACCUGCCAUUGAACACGGCCCUGUUUGAGCCUCCUCUGGAUCCAGAGCUUCCUGCGCUGGACUCCGAACCUGACUCAGAUGAUGCUGAGGAUGGCAAGGAAGACAAAAAGAACAAAAACCCAUCUGACAGUUCUUCAGGCAAUGUAUCGGAUGUUGAGAGCCAAGAAGGAGGAGGAGGAGGGCAAGGCCAAAAGUCUAAGACCAAGGACCGGACAAGCACACCAGGCAAGGACAGUACCCAGCGCCACCCCCCCCCUCACAAAGCAGCAGCCACCCCAGGGUACAAGCCUAAGGUCAUUCCCAAUGCUAUAUGUGGCAUUUGCCAGAAGGGUAAAGAAGCCAACAAGAAAGGCAAACCAGAGGCUCUUAUUCACUGCUCCCAAUGUGAGAACAGCGGCCAUCCAUCUUGCUUGGACAUGAGUGAAGAGUUGGUUUGUGUGAUCCAGACAUACCACUGGCAGUGUAUGGAGUGUAAGACAUGCACCGUGUGCCAGCAGCCACACCAUGAAGAUGAGAUGAUGUUCUGUGACAAAUGUGACAGAGGAUACCACACAUUCUGCGUCGGCAUGGAUUCUAUACCCAUGGGUCUCUGGGUGUGUGAGCUGUGUGAGAAAGAUUUCACACCCAAAAAGAAAAGAGGAGCCAAAACACCCAAGAAGUCCAAAUCGGCUCAGAAAUAACAGGCAUCUGAAGCAUGGGUUCCUUCAAGACUGCACAUACCACAAGAUAUUGGCCAGAUUUUCCUCAGUUUGGUGUCCAGUUAAAUUUAGAGGAUUCUUAUAAAAAUUGAAUGUUUCUUCUCUCAGGUUCUCAGAGUAUAACCACUUUCAUGAUUUGAAAAAAUUGUAGGAAUAUAUUUAUUCUAUUUUCUCACUGCCAAAACAAUCAAAACCUUUUCCUUAACCUUAUAGAGUUAAAUGUCGAUUUUUGCUCUUUUGGCAAAUUUUAUUGCGAUAUGAAUAUAAUCCAUUUUCACAGUUAGAUAUAUCUAAUACCUUUGUGGGAAGAAGAAGAAGAAAAAAGAAAAUUGAAACAUUUUGCUCUUGGUAUAUGAUAUUAGUUGGAAAAUUUUCUGAUAAUGACACUGAUUGGCUUGGUAUCUUCUAACCAGUUCUGGUGUUAGUGCAUCCCUACUGCUCUUUAUUUUUUAUAGUAUGUAAUUUCAUUUCUAUUCGGUGGACAUUUCUGUAGUUUUUAAUUUAUUUUUGUGACACCAUGUGAACUGUUAGCUGGGCAGUUGUUUCACUUAAUAUAAUGGUGCUUUUGAUUCUGUGUUAACCACAAUGUGAGCUUGUUCUGACUUGUACUUGUUCUCGCUCUUGAAUUGUGUCUUAGCAAUUACCACUGUAUCAAAUAGGAUUACUGAGAGCCUACAAACUAUUCAUGUCUCAUGGUUUAUUCAGAAAUGAACACAUUCCUGGGAUUUUUUUAAAAAUAUUUUGUAAUAAACAUCCAAUGAUAUGUUGGAUGUUUUUGGAUGUAUUUUUGUUAUUUAACAAAGCAGGUCAGUUAGGGACAUUUGGACGAAAACAAAAUCUUGUUUGAAAAGAAUGUGUUUUUACUG